UCUCAUGGCCGCUACCAGGAAGAAAAACAAACCCAAAGCCGCUUGCUUUCUGGGUUGUUUUGGAUUUUCCGAGAAAAUGCUUCCCAGAAAAAGUGAAAAGAACAGGAAGAGUACCCGGUGGCUUUCUUGGUCAAGAUUCCGCAUGAGGAGGAUCGGCAGUAAAACGGUGCCGGUUGAUUCCACAGUAACUAACCAUAAAACGUUGUCGGAGCCCCUUAGCACGAAACAGAUCAUACCUUCCGGUCUAUCAUCCAAUCAACAGGCGCCACGUAAGGUUUCCGACCGUUCCAACCGUCGCCUCAUAUACGACACCAAGCAGAUUUCUCCAGAGUUCCAGACGAGGUACGGACCCACCCAGGACAUCAUCCUCGAUAAUGACGAAAAAUAUCCAAAUCGCUUAUCAUUUGAUGGGAAAACAGACCCGAGAAGAAUCGGUUCGAGCCAGCCCGAUGUCAUCAACGCCAGAACUCGAAACGCCUCCUCGUCACACUCGAUUUCCCUGCCGGUCACUACCCGAAACGUCAAACCGGUUUCGUCGAAGAAGAAGAAGGAGAUCCAAAAUGAAAAUGGCGAAAAGAUUGACCCGAUCUUCGGGUUGUCUAUCGUCAUGGUGUCACUGGUAAUAAUGCUAUUAUGGGGUCGGUUGUGUGCGAUUCUUUGUACAUCUGCAUGGUGCUACUGUGUCUCUUGCGUAAGGACUAGGAACCAGAGAAUUAUACGUAACGAUGUCGUAUUGAAUUCGGAAUCCACCGGUGAGCCGGAUUUAAGUUCGUCGGAGUACAAGAAGAAGGUGGUUUUGGAAGGAUUUAUGAAAAGGAAGCAGCGGCGUAAAUAA